UAUCUGAUUGUGAGAACCAGCCAGAUCGUUGCUUUUAUGACUGACUUUAUAUGUUUGAGCAACAGGGGGAUUUUUUUGUGUGCUAUAUAUUAAAGAUCAAGAACACAGAGAUUAUGCAGGAUAUUUCAACUUGUGAUAACUUGAUGACAAACAAGACAUAGCAUAGUUUUUUUUACAAAUAGUUCCAUGUCAGUUUUACCAGUGCAACAAGGAUCAUAAGGCAUCAGUACAGUACAUGCGCAAUGACCGCCAUAUGUUGGAUGCAUUUGCUGCUUUUCCUUCUGUGUUACCAUAAUGACAUCCAGCCUGCUGUGUGUAAACCUGUGUGGAUGUCACGGCAGUUCCCUUGUGAUGUCACAGCCUACAAUACCUCUAAGGUGCUAUUUGACUGUAAAGGGCGCCAUCUGCACAAAGUACCUUAUGGGAUAACUGACAAUGCAACUGAGCUCAACUUAUCAGAAAAUUUCAUUAAGAAUAUUUCAGACAAUUCAUUUUCCAACCUCCUGAAUCUGACUCGACUCAAUCUGAGCUGGGCAAACAAGAACAAGGCACUGAUAAUUGCUGCGAAUGCUUUCAGAAAUCUGACAAAACUGCACGAACUAAGACUCUCUGGCAAUUGUCUGACUGAAAUUCCCGGCAAUCUCCCUCCCAGUGUGGAAAUCCUUGAGCUACACAAUAACAAGAUUUUGGUCAUGGAUAACAGCAGCCUGGCUGGCUUAACAAACGUAACACAUUUAUGGUUAUCCAGAAACUGCUACAUGUGGAAUCCUUGUGGGAAAUCUGUUAUGAUUAUGGACGAGAGUUUUGCAGCUUUGACCAAACUGCAGGCUCUGGACUUGUCCUUUAACAACUUAACUCAAGUUCCCAAAGGGUUACCUAAAUCAUUAUGCUUUUUAAAACUGGGUUCCAACAAAAUACAAUACAUAUCUGAAGAUGAUUUCCUGGGGCUACAAAAUCUAAAAGUCCUAAAAAUACAAGGGAACUGUCCAAGAUGUCAAAAUGCUCCAUAUCCCUGUGUUCCUUGCCAAAACAGUUCUCUCAGCAUCCAUCCCAAUGCAUUUCACAGUCUAACACAUCUCGAGUCACUGAACCUGGGAGGAAACUCAUUGGAGCUACUAAAUCCCUCGUGGUUUCAGAGGCUUAACAAGCUGAAAGAGUUGUUCCUGUCAUUUAAUUUCUUAUUAAAAGCAAUUACUGAGGAGGCAACAUUUCUAAGAUACCUUCCCAGGCUAGAAAGAAUUGAUAUCUCUUUCAAUUUUGCUCUCAAAUCAUAUCCUACAACAUUAAAUCUUUCAGGAGAGUUUGCAAAUCUUGUGUCACUUAGAACUUUGCAUAUGGAAGGUUUGGUCUUCCAGAAUAUUGGACCAGGCACACUCAGACCUCUGUAUGGGCUCAAAAAUCUGUCUGCAUUGAAUUUAGGGACUAACUUCAUAAUUUACUCUGAUUCCAACAUAUUCAGCAAUUUAUCCCACCUGAAAAUGAUAUACCUAGCAGAAAACAGGCUCUAUCCCAUUCCAGUGAAAAGUCCCCCACAUCCAAGUGGGGGAUACAAUCAGGGGAUGGACUUUUCUAUUUCACCGCUCAUAAAACCUCAUCCAAAAGAUUUUGCUUAUGAGAUAACACACAGCCUUAUCAAGCAAGAGUGCUUUGACUCUGGACGAGUGCUAAUCCUUAGCUCAAAUAAUCUGUUCUUCAUUUCUCCACAGCAAUUUGAGGGUUAUGGAAAUAUUUCAUGUCUCAACCUCUCAGGAAAUGGAUUUUCAGCUGCGCUUAAUGGAACAGAGUUCUCCUUGCUGCCUAAUCUGACAUACCUGGAUCUGUCAUUCAAUAAGAUUGAUCUGGCCUAUGACAACGCCUUCAAUGAACUAAAGAAACUACAAGUACUAGACCUUAGUUACAACUGCCACUACUUUAAAGCGUUUGGGAUAACGCAUAAUUUGAAUUUUACCCAAAAUCUGCCUGCCCUGAGAGUGCUGAACAUGAGUUAUAACUCCAUUUCUACAUUAACGACAAAACAGAUGUACAGCAAAUCAUUAACCGAACUUCAGUUUAAGAAUAAUUAUCUUGGGACUCUUUGGAAAGAAAGAGAUGGCUCAUACAAGACCCUUUUUACUAAUCUAACUAAUUUGACAAUUUUAGAUAUAUCCCACAACAGCAUUGCAAAGAUUCCAGAGGAGGUUUAUGAAUAUUUGCCGCGCAACCUCACCAUACUACGCAUAAGUCACAACUCACUUACGGAUUUUAAAUGGGACAAACUAAAGUGUUUCAAUCAACUUCAAAUUUUGGUCCUAAGCUUUAAUUCUUUAACUAAUGUGACAGGUAUAAACUCAAAUGUCACCCACAGUUUGACUUUCCUUGACCUGAGCCAUAAUCACAUUUUCCACUUGGACAGUGGAUUUCUAAAUGGUGCAAAGAGCCUUAAGAUUCUUAGCCUUAGCUACAACAAACUGACUAUCAUCAAUCAGUCCACCUUCCAACCGAGACCUGAAAAUCAGAUUCAGACUUUGUUUUUGCAUAGAAACCCAUUCCAAUGUACCUGUGAUUCAUUAGAUUUCAUUGUGUGGAUUGGAAACAGUGAUGUAAAGAUCCCCAGACUGACCACUGAGGUGACAUGUAGCACACCAGCAAACCAAAAGCAUCAAGCUCUGAUAUACUUUGAUAUUAACCAGUGUGUAAAUGACAAUCAGGCAUUCUUGAUCUACAUUCUCACACAAUCCUUCAUUAUCGUCUUUAUGUUGGUGGCAACAGUUGCUCAUUUAUUCUACUGGGAUGCUUCCUACGUCCUACAUUAUAUGAAAGCUAAGCUGAAAGGAUACAGGUCCUUGAACUCACCGGGUGGUGUUUAUGAUGUCUUUGUGACUUAUGACACCAGAGAUCCACAUGUCUCUGAGUGGGUGAUGAGGAAUCUAAGAGUUAAACUGGAAGAGGAAGGAGAGAAGCAUCUUCCUCUGUGUCUGGAGGAAAGGGAUUGGCCCCCAGGGGUCCCGCUGGUAGAUAACCUCACCCAGAGCAUCCGAUACAGUCGCAAGACACUGUUUGUCUUAACAGAGGGUUAUGUUAAGACUGGGGUUUUCAAGCUGGCGAUGUAUCUGGCCCACCAAAGACUGCUUGAUGAAAAUGUAGAUGUGAUCGUGCUGCUGAUGCUGGAGCCCGUCCUGCAGCACUCUCACUUCCUGCGCCUGAGGAGGAGGUUGUGUGGGAAAAGUAUUGUGGAGUGGCCGAGGACAGCUGCUGCAGAGCCCUGGUUUUGGCAAAACUUGAGGAAUGUGGUCAGAGUAGACAAUCAGGUGAUAUACAACAAGACUUAUUCAAAGUACUUCACCAGCAACUGAAGCAGUGCUCAUGUUAAAGACCAGCUGUCUGGGGAUGAUUUCUAACUUUACUAUGCGGACAAUAUCUGUUCUGAAACUUUUGUUCUGUAUCAAAGCUGAUGUGGUCUAUCACAACUUUUAUCACUGCCUGAGUCUUAUUAGAAGAAAAAUAAACAAUCAAGGUGGGUUCAAAUCAAGGGCUACUGGACUUGGUUGAGGUUGCUUGAAGAUGUUUCAUUUCUCAUAGGCUACAAGUCCAGUUGCCCUUGAUUUAAAUGCACCUUGGAGAACUAUGGCCUGAAUGUCUGAGAAUCUUCACAGAAAUGAUUUCAUAAUGUUGUGCUGAUACAGUUAGAAUGAUACAGAAUGUCCUGUAUUUUGUUCGCAAAUGUUACAUAUAUUAUAUGAAUAAAUCAGCCCAUUUUGUAUACGUAAAA